AUGACUGAUUUUGAUAUUAGUGAUUCAGAAGAAAAAGAUAUUAGAAAAAAUGAUGUAAAAUGGUCGCCACAUAUAAUUCAAAAAAUCUUUGAUAGAAAUAAGGCCAUUAUUGAUGCUGGUUUACAAAAAUAUACCGAUACUAGAAUUCUCUUUAUUUUAGAUGAUAUUAUUGGUGAAGAUAGUUUUAAAAACGAUGAAGUUUUAAAAAAUGUUUUUAUUUUGGGUCGUCAUUAUCAUGUUGGAUUUAUGAUAUUAACACAGUAUGCUUAUGCUCUUCAUCCAUUGGUUAGAGGUAACACUGAUUAUGUUUUAACCACACUUCAAUCACAAAAUCGUCAAAGGGAAGCCAUUGCAAAGGAUUAUGCUGAUAUUGUUGAUAGAAAUGCAUUUUAUGAACUUUUGGAUAAAAAUACUACCGAUAAUCAUCUAUUGGUUAUCGAUUUAUCAAAGCCAACCAUUAAUGUCGAUGAUGUUUUCUCUCGUUUCAAAGCUGAUAAUCCAGGGCCAUUUAGGGUGGGAUCAGAAAAAUGCUGGGAUAAACAUGAAAAACAAAUUCAAAUGAUAUAUAAUAAAAAGUUGAAGUAA